UUAACACGCACUGAGAUUCGCUCGGGCGUAGACCAAAAAAAAAAAACACCAAAUUAUAAUAACAGGAAAAUGAAAUUUAGUAUAGUAUUCAUAUUGGUCAGUUGCCUGUUGUACCAGGUGAUGGCCUCCCUGGGCAGCCUCUUCAAGCAUCAGAGGAGUAAAAGAGCUCCCAUUCCUUGGCUUAUAUACCCCACCACAUCACCCACUCGCGUCAUGUUCAUUGGCGGCAUAGGUAUUCCGCUGGAGGAUCUCAACUACGAGGCGGUGACCACCGGCUAUGUCCUAAAGGUGGAGUAUUGGCUGCCCACCACUCCGGAUGAUCUGAGAACACCCACGGCUCUGCCCCUCACACAGGUGGCUACGCCGGGUGUUACCGGAGCCAGAAAGCAGAGGAAACCUAUGUUUGAGAACUUUUUGGUUGGAGUGGAUGAAUUGGGCAAGAACACCAGGAAGCUGUUGACCAGGACCAACAAAGUCUUGAGUAGCUAUCGAUGGACUGUCUACAAGGGACUAGAGGGAUUGGCCGAUCGAUUGGGCUAUCAGGGCAGGAUUUGUGUGCUGAAAAGUAUAUGCGAGGCGGCCGAGGAACCCUUUCAUUACACAAAUGGACUCUUUGCGGAUCUAUUGCACAUAUUACUCACACCCUCCUCCUCGGUGGACAAGUUGUCGGAACAUGCUGACAACGAGUAUUACUAUGCGGAGAAGAUGGGACAAUCCGGAGCUGGAUGUGAUCGGGUCUUCAAGGAGUGUCGACGAAGUUUAUUGCAACACUUUAGCGAACUUCAUCACAAUCUGGAUAAGAUCUUGUUUUGAGGCAAUAAACGAAGGCUGAACUGAUACC